CUGCCCGUACCCAACAUGGCGGCGCCGUGGCUUCUGCCCGUACCCAACAUGGCGGAUCGCGGCUUCUGCCCAUACCCAAGAUGGCGGCGCCGCGCAUGCGCAUUUCCCAAGGGCAGGAUGGCGGCGCUGCGGGCGCUGUGGCGGCUCCGCGGCCCCUCAGGGCUGAGGGCGGCGGGGGCUCGGCUGGGCCCGGCCCCGGCCCGAUGGCGGCAGUGGCAGCCGGACAUGGAGUGGGCUCAGCAAUUCGCCGGGGCCAUCAUGUACCCGAGCAAAGCCACCGAGAAAUGGGCGCCGCCACCCUGGAACGACAAGGACCCUCUGGCUCACAAGAAGGUUUCCAGCCUCACCAUCAACUUUGGGCCUCAGCACCCGGCGGCUCACGGGGUCCUGCGGCUGGUGCUGGAGCUGAGCGGGGAAACGGUGAAACGCUGCGACCCCCACGUGGGGCUGCUGCACCGGGGCACCGAGAAACUCAUCGAGUACAAAACCUACCUGCAGGCCCUGCCCUAUUUCGACCGCCUGGAUUACGUCUCCAUGAUGUGCAACGAGCAGGCGUAUUCCCUGGCCGUGGAGAAACUCCUCAACAUCCGCCCCCCGCCGCGGGCCCAGUGGAUCCGAGUUCUGUUUGCGGAGAUCACGCGGCUGCUCAACCACAUCAUGGCGGUGACCACGCACGCGCUGGACAUCGGCGCCAUGACGCCGUUCUUCUGGAUGUUCGAGGAGAGGGAGAAGAUGUUUGAGUUCUACGAGCGCGUGUCGGGGGCGCGGAUGCACGCGGCGUACGUGCGGCCCGGCGGCGUGCACCAGGACCUGCCCCUGGGGCUCAUGGACGACAUUUACGAGUUCGCAAAGAACUUUUCCAUCCGGAUCGACGAGGUGGAGGAGAUGUUGACCAACAACCGCAUCUGGAAGAAUCGCACCGUGGACAUCGGCGUCAUCACGGCCGAGGAGGCGCUCAACUACGGCUUCAGCGGGGUGAUGCUGCGCGGCUCCGGGAUCCAGUGGGAUCUGCGCAAGGCUCAGCCGUACGACGCCUACGCGCAGGUGGAGUUCGACGUCCCCAUCGGAUCCCGCGGCGACUGCUACGACAGGUACCUGUGCCGCGUGGAGGAGAUGCGUCAGUCGCUCAGGAUCAUCCUGCAGUGCCUCAACAAGAUGCCAGCGGGGGAGGUGAAGGUGGACGACGCCAAAGUGUCACCCCCGAAACGCGCCGAGAUGAAGGUGUCCAUGGAGUCCCUGAUCCAUCAUUUCAAGCUCUACACCGAGGGGUACCAGGUGCCACCCGGGGCCACCUACACGGCCAUCGAGGCCCCCAAGGGUGAGUUUGGGGUGUACCUGGUGUCCGAUGGCAGCAGCCGUCCCUAUCGCUGCAAGAUCAAAGCGCCCGGAUUCGCUCACCUGGCGGGGCUGGACAGGAUGUCCCAGGGUCACAUGCUGGCUGACGUGGUGGCCAUCAUCGGCACCCAGGACAUCGUGUUCGGGGAGGUCGAUCGAUGAGGGGGGGUCCCCAACUUCAGGAUCCCCAAUUUUGGGGUCCCCCCGAAUUUUGGGGUCCCCCCUCCCCGGUUUUGGGGUCCCCCCACCCCAAUUUUGAGCCCAAUAAAGAGAAAUUCGGGUCCUGA